AGCCGCCCGGGCCAGUGCGCGCUGCGGCUUUAAGCGCGGUCGGCAGGAGCGGUCCCUGUCCCUUUAAGUGAGUCACGUGAGUGCGGCUCGGGUCGGCUCGGCUCGGCUCGGCGUGAGAGGACGGUCGGAGAUGAGUUUCCUGGGAGGUUUGUUUACUCCGGUGUGUGACAUUGAUAUCGUUCUCAAUGAUGCUGACACAAGAAAAACCGCAGAGAUCAAAAGUGAAGAUGGCAAAGUAGAGAAACAUUAUCUUUUUUAUGAUGGAGAAUCUGUUGCAGGGAAGGUAAACCUUACCUUUAAGCAGCCGGGAAAACGUUUGGAGCACAAAGGAAUUCGCAUUGAAUUUGUUGGACAGAUUGAGCUAUUUAGUGAUAAGAGUAACACACAUGAGUUUGUGAAUCUGGUGAAGGAGCUGGCCUUACCUGGAGAGUUGACACAGAGCAGGACUUAUGACUUUGAAUUCAUGCAAGUGGAAAAGCCUUAUGAGUCAUAUAUUGGGGCCAAUGUCAGACUAAGAUAUUUCUUGAAAGUGACAAUAGUCCGAAGUUUGAGUGACCUGGUAAAGGAAUCUGACCUGAUUGUGCACCAGCUCGCUACCUACCCAGAUGUCAAUAACUCCAUCAAAAUGGAAGUGGGCAUUGAAGAUUGCUUGCACAUCGAGUUUGAAUACAACAAAUCAAAAUACCACUUGAAGGAUGUGAUAGUUGGUAAGAUCUACUUCUUGUUGGUGAGAAUCAAAAUCCAGCACAUGGAGCUUCAGAUGAUCAAAAAAGAGAUAACUGGUAUUGGGCCCAGUACAACCACUGAGACGGAAACAAUUGCCAAGUAUGAAAUAAUGGAUGGAGCUCCUGUUAAAGGUGAAUCCAUUCCAAUCAGACUCUUCUUGGCUGGAUAUGAUCUUACGCCGACAAUGAGGGAUGUCAACAAGAAGUUCUCUGUACGCUACUUCUUAAAUUUAGUCUUGGUUGAUGAAGAAGACAGGCGGUACUUCAAACAGCAGGAGAUUGUUCUAUGGAGGAAAGCUCCUGAGAAGUUACGGAAAAGAACCAAUUUCCAUCAACGUUUGGAAUCUCCAGAGCCACAGGCUUCCGCUCAGCAGCCUGAAAUAUGAGUGAUCAGGGCAACUAUCUCUUUAAGAUUUGCCAGAAUCCACAGACAUGGUCAUUGUGUUCCAAGCUCAGUUUCUCCGUGACACUAAACUUCCAGAAAACUAAUUGUUUUUCAAACACUGGAACAUGUAAAGCUAUCAUUUUAUACCACAUAAUUACAAUUAGUUUGAACGUGCACUAAAAAUCUGUACAAAGCAGGAUUUUUAUUUGGUCCUGUAUGGCUGAUCUAGUUAAGCUGCUUGGGCUUGAGAUUUACUGUUCAUGAAGUACAGAUGCUUAAGUAUGUCUAGGGCAUUUAACAGUCACGAUUUUAAGCACACAAGUUAGUGUGGGGAGAAAUUUGAAGAGUUUUUGUAUACUUCUAAUUCUGCAUUUGAAAUUCAGUGAUUGGUCUUGCUUCUGUUAGUAUUUUUGCAUGUUGUAAUCUUUGGCAUAUUCCACUUGUUUAGAUAGCAGAGGUUCUACAGUCAUUCUGUACUUCAGUCACAGGUCCUAGCAGAUAAAGCACUGUCCAAGUCCUGACCUGUAACCUUGACUGAUGUCAUUGCAAGUAACUACGUAAAGUUUCCAAUUUCCCAUUGUUAAUGUCAAUUGCAACUUCAAAGCCAUUUAAUGCCACAUACUUUCCUGCAUGUCCAUGUCUGAAAUCAGUAAAUGGAAAAUUGGAAAUAUUUUAAUACUUCUGUAAUACCUGUACUUGUAUCAGCCUGGAAAAAUGUAUUCUUUCUAUAUUCAAUAAAACUGCCAAUGUAUCUUAGCUACUCUCAUUCAUUUCAGAUGUU